UGCUUAUCGAGAUGCUUGGUGUCUUGGCCAGCUACAGCAUAACAGUUAAAGAACUAAAAUUACUCUUCGGCACAAUGAAGGCGUUUAAUGGCAAAUGGCCACGUCACUCCGCCAAACUACUGAAUGUACUCCGUCAAAUGCCACAUAGAAAUGGGCCAGAUGUGUUCUUUAGUUUUCCAGGACGCAAAGGAUCGGCGAUGGUAUUGCCGCCGUUAGCUAAGUGGCCAUACGAAAAUGGUUUUACAUUUACGACGUGGUUUCGCCUGGAUCCAAUUAACUCUGUGAAUAUCGAACGUGAGAAGCCAUACCUUUAUUGUUUUAAAACAUCGAAAGGGAUUGGCUACACUGCCCACUUUGUUGGCAAUUGCCUUGUACUCACAUCGAUGAAAGUCAAAGGCAAAGGAUUUCAGCAUUGUGUAAAAUAUGAGUUCCAGCCAAGAAAGUGGUAUAUGAUUGCGAUAGUGUACAUAUAUAAUCGUUGGACAAAAAGCGAAAUAAAGUGCCUGGUAAAUGGACAAAUGGCGUCCAGUACUGAAAUGGCGUGGUUCGUUUCAACGAAUGAUCCAUUUGAUAAAUGUUAUAUUGGUGCCACGCCAGAAUUGGAUGAAGAGCGCGUAUUUUGUGGUCAAAUGUCAGCAAUAUACCUAUUCAGUGAAUCACUGACUGCGCAUCAAAUCUGUGCUAUGCACCGCCUAGGGCCAGGAUAUAAGUCACAAUUCCGCUUCGACAACGAGUGCUACCUGAACCUGCCGGACAAUCAUAAAAGGGUGAGUCAAAUCAGCACUACACAUGCAGAGCAAGAGGCUCAAGCCAUCGAUUGGGCAGAUGAAAAGCUUGAUCUGAAUGCAACAUUUGCUAAGAUACGCGCUGUUGUAGUAGCACGUAAUGCUUCCACAAAUGCUGUAUUGAAUGCCUUAGGGGGCGUGGUCGAUAAACAAGCACAUACAAAUACUACUCUUACUACUACUGCUACUACUCCCAGUACACCUACUACACCAACUACAUUACCAGCAAGUGCAACAGGCAAUGUCACUAGCGAAGGCACUAAAGUCGUUACUGAUCCUUUAAGUCAUUUGCCCACAGCAAAUGUGUCCUUUGAACAACUGAGACGGAGUUCAUUGAUAUCCAACGCCAGCGGCGAGUUAUCGAGAAGUUUUGCCGGCGAAACGGAAGAAAUUAAUCAGCUUAAAGCUGUACUGUACGACGGCAAACUAUCGAAUGCCAUCGUCUUCAUGUACAAUCCUGUGGCAACCGAUGGUCAACUGUGUUUGCAGUCAUCCCCCAAAGGAAAUGUUUCAUAUUUUGUACAUACGCCGCAUGCACUUAUGUUACAGAAGAAAAAGAAAAAUGAGGCUGCAAUUGUUCCUGAUGCAUUUAUUCGAGUAUGA